ACUUUACCGGUUCCAGAAAUUUCCAAAUGUGGCCGACGAUUUCAAAAUCAAAAUUUGAUGGGGAAUUAUUGUUUCCAUUGGUUUUUGACCCGUUUCAAGCGAAUAUAAAUAUCGUCUAAGCAUUUGACUCAGUCGUCGGUCGCCGUCUCCGAUCAGCAAAAUUUUUCUCGCCAGAUUUUGAUAAAGAAAUAAAGAUGAUCAGAAGAAAAAUAUCGAAAUCGAUUUGGAAUUUGUCGGUCUGAGUAAGUAAAGGUUUGGAUUUGGGUAACUCAUGGGUUAGAUUCUUUGGAGGUCCCUUUGAUGUCCUUGAGAUUGACUUUGAGAAAUUUGCAUUGGGAUUGAACAUUCAUCUUCAAUUGUGGUGUUCGACUUCCCUUUUCUCUAUUCUUUUGUGGUGUGAAGUGAAUUUUGGCUUUUAUAGUCAAAAGGCUAUGAGAUUGAGUACAUGGCUUUAAGAGAAAGGGAUCUCAUAUUUGAUCUCGAAAAUGGGGGGAAGAUCAUUGAAGAGGUUGGAAGUGGGGAACCGAGUUCAACCAAAAGAGAUGUAAAGAAUUUUUGGAGUAGGUUGACAGAGGAUUCACUGCUGAAAGAUGAGCGAGCCAUAGCCUCAAACAGUAAUUUUGCUAAUUCUAUUACCGACGUCAUUGCUGAUGAGAGCUUAGGAUUGUUGAUAGAUAAGAACUUGGAAGGAGAAGAUGUUCAUGAAGUUUUUGUGCACGUGGAGAAAAAUAAUGCUAGAGGGAAGCAUAAGAAUAAGAAAAAGGCUCCGAAGCCACCACGGCCUCCCAAAGGUCCUUCGCUUGAUGCUGCGGACAGAAUGAUGGUGAAGGAACUUGCAGUGCUUGCUAUGAAAAAACGUGCAAGAGCUGAGAGAAUGAAAGCAUUGAAGAAGGCAAAAGCAGAGAAAACAUCUUCUUUCAAUAGUUGCAUACCUGCCUUGAUUAUCACAUUCCUCUUCUUCCUUGUCAUUAUCAUUCAAGGAAUAAGCCCCAGAAGCAGUUCGAUAUUGCAGGGGUCACCUGAACCUGCUGUUGGUGGUAGUAGUGGGUUCAUUUCUGUUCAGUACAUUAAAAGCUUUCCCCCAAAUGAAAGCAAUGUAUCCAAUCCCCCCUCGUUUAAUUCUGCUGCAUAGCUCGUUACUGAUUUUGUUCCUCUAGAAGGCAAAAGGGUGGCUGGUUUGAGGAGUUUUUUUUGAAGUUGAGAUCCUAGGUGCCAGCAUGGUGGCUCGUAUGGCCUUGAUUUUUGAAUAGCUAUUUUAAUACGCAGUUGCGUUUGACUGUUUUUGUACAUAAAUACGAAGAAUGUCUUUUUUUAUCUUUCUUUCUUUUUGUGAUCAAAUGCUUUUUGUAUUUUAACUUUAUGUUAAUAAUUUAUAUAAAAAAGUUCAUGGUGACGUUCAAGGAUGUCAGUAGCUGAACCUUCUUAAAGGCUAAGGAGAAAAUCCUGCUUGCUUCCAGGCUCUCUUUCGUUGAAUUGAAUUAUGAACUUUUUCCUUUUUGAUUUUGAUAACAAACCUGCAGAAUUAUGAUGAUAUGAUUGGCUGAUGCCUAACCAUUUGCACCUUUGAUUGGCUGCUGUUAAACAACAUCCAAUCUGUUCAAGAACAAACAGGUACGACCUCUGUCCAAUUGAUUCUUACAUAGUUACAUUUGUUAGAUUUAAAGGCAAAUCUCUCGAGUUUCUAAUCUAUGAAACAUCAAAGUUUCCAAGAUUUCAGGUAUUUGGCAGUAAAAUGAUUUGCUUGUUUGUAUAUACUGUUGUUACUGACUUGGAAAGCUAAGGCCUCGUUUAGGUAACUAUUUCGUUUUUUGUUUUUGUUUUUGAAAAUUAAGCCUAUUUAAUAUUUUUUUUUCGUUUCUUACAAUGAUUUGUAUCUUUCUUGAGUACAAUUAUUGAAUUCUUUGCCAAAUUCCAAAUUCUAAAAACUACUUUUUGAAAGUUACCUUUUUUAGCUUUCAAAUUUUGUAAUGAUUUUUUAAACCGGGUUAUAACAAAGAAAGAAAGUUGGAGGUGGAAGUAAUGUUUAUUGGCUUAAUAUUAAAAAACAAAAUGCUUACCAAAUCGAACCUUAAGGUGUAACAAUUUAGUUUUUAGUUUUCUAAAUUUGAAAUUUAUGUUUGUUUCUUGGGAAUAAAAAGACAGUUUUUAAAGACUAUUCUUUCUAGUUUUCAAAAAUUAACUUUAUUUUUUAUAAAAAGAGUGAAAAGGGAAAACAAAACAUGAAAAUUUGUGGGUUCUCUAAACCAUGGUUAUCAAAUGGGUUAAAAAUAUUUCUGUGAAUGUGAGAGAUAUGGAGUCUGAUGAUAUGAUAUUGAGUUCAUAAGAUGAGAUCCAAAAAUCACUACCAUGAAUCUUAAUUGGUGCCACAUUUGGAAACUAAAUUUCUUCAGUAUGAGUUAUUUCAGAUAUUGGAGUGUAUCCUCUUUGGUCAUACUUAUUGUAUGACCCCUAGCUAUUGAAUUAGUGGGAGCAUUUGUAGAAUAUUAGUAUGGUUAUUAGAAGGAGAAUAUUAGUAAUGAGACAGUUAGUUUGUUCGGGCUUUUAGUUAUUAUUAAAUAGUGGGAAUGGGUUGAGAGCAAGACAUUGAAGAAUAUUGUGGGAUUUCUUAUAGCGAAAUAUUAAGAGGGAUUUCUUAUAGCAAAAUAUUAGGAGGGAGUAACCCUCUCGAAAGACUUUGGUAUGUUGUAGUUUCUCCAUUGAUAUUGCAAUAGAAAUCCAUCUUUGUGUUCUUUGUUUGUUUUUUGUGUUUUUUAGAUCUCUCGUUAGGAGGUAUCUCAACACUUUAUCUUUAGUUGCAGCAAUAUCUUUACAGAUACAUGUACGAAAGCAUCCCAUGUCGACCUUUUCAUUUCGAGUUGCAGGUUCAUCGUUGCAGCAAAUGACUGACAUGAAAGGGUAUAGCCAAGAUCACCCUCGUAGAAAUGUUAGUGAAUGGUAAAGAAAAUUUUGCUCGCAGUUUAAAGGAAUGUCUACCUGCCUGCAAUGUGUUGAUUUGUAACGACUACGAAGAUCACAUUUUUUUGUCGAAGGAGUACAAGGUUGCAAUGCCAUGGAUGUAGCUCGGGAGGUCGAGGCCUUGCAACGGAGCCAUUCAGUAAAAGGUAUAGGGAUAGGCAUUGACAUCAUGGGACCCUGCUUUGCUGAAAUCUCUGCUUGUAUGAUCAUCUGUGGGUUGGAUAACAAAAUGGUAAUUGUCCAAUUUGGUUCUAUUCAAGUGAUGGGGCAAUUUCUUUCGCAAUUAAUUGAAUAUUGUGGUACCCAAAGCAACACGCAACACACCAACGUGAGUAGAAUUUUGAGCACGUGUUUUGGAAUUUUCUUUCUCUGUCACAACUUCAUUGAAAAUUUGAACUAUUUUCUCAUGGUGAGGGACUAAAAUGUCAAAAUUUUAAAUUUAAGAACUAAAUAGAAACAUAGAGACGUUUUUUGUA